AUGGCGAUUCAUUCAGCCACGGCCGCAGAGACCGGCAAGUCUGAUCCCAUCAUUACCAGGCUUGCCAGCGAGGACAAGACGCGAUGGUUCAGAAAGCCAAAUCUUCGUUUACUAUACCUCAUGCUCUUUCCGACUUGCAUGGGCAUCGAAUUGACCUCCGGUUUUGACUCCCAGAUGAUCAACGCGUUGCAAAUUGUGCCUUAUUGGAAGCUCUACUUCGGUGAUGCAGAAGGGAACAUAAAUAGCAGUCUUAAGGGUAUCAUUGCAGCUGCUUACUCUCUCGGAGCUAUUCUAUCUCUUCCUUUCGUUCCGAUAAUCAAUGACAAGUUCGGACGGAGAUGGUCCAUAUUUGGAGGCUCCGCUGUGAUGUGCCUUGGUGCAAUCAUUCAGGGAUUCGCGCAGCAUGAGGCCAUGUACAUCAUAGCCCGCAUGAUUCUCGGCUUUGGCAUCCCGACCUGUAUCGUUUCUGGAUCCUCCCUGAUCGGUGAGCUCGCCUAUCCGAAGGAGCGAGCGGUUCUCACAUCACUAUUCAACGUGAGCUACUUCAUCGGCAGCAUUGUAGCUGCAGCUAUCUGUUUCGGAACAAACAAUAUCAAGAGCAACUGGGCGUGGAGAAUCCCGUCUCUGCUGCAGAUAUGCCCCUCGCUGCUCCAGAUGAGCUUUGUCCUUUUCCUUCCUGAAAGCCCUCGAUGGCUUAUCACUAAGGAUCGGAUGGAAGAAGCUGAAGCAAUUUUAAUCAAGUAUCACGCGGAAGGAGACACAGAGUCAGAGUUCGUCAAGGCUGAAAUGGCGCAAAUGCAUACCACUAUUGGAUUGGAGCUUGAAGCUUCCAAAAGGUCUUGGAUCGACCUCUUCGCCACAUCUGGUAUGCGUCGUCGUUUGCUCAUUACCUCCUUCCUGGGCCUCUUUACACAAUGGUCUGGCAACACCCUCAUCUCAUAUUACUUGGGUGACCUUCUCAAGAUGAUCGGGUUCGAGGAUUCGACAUACAUCCAGAAGAUCAAUGUCUCCAUGUCAUGCUGGCAGUUAUUCUGCGGUGUGCUCGUUGCCUUGCUCGUCCUUAAGAAUCCUCAUACUGAUUAUAUACUAGCCUACAUGGUGGAAGUGUGGCCUUAUGCCGAGCGUUCUCGUGGUAUUGCUGUCUUCCAGCUGUUCGGCCGCUUGGCGGGUUUCUUCACAACCUUCGUCAACCCCAUCGGUCUCGACCAUGCCGGCUGGAAGUACCUUAUCUCGUACUGCUGCUGGCUCGCAUUUGAAGUCUGCUUCGUGUACUUCCUCUUCCCCGAGACUUUUGGCCGUACUCUCGAAGAGUUGGCUUUCAUAUUCGAGGACAAGCAUCUAGCAGACCAGGCGGUCAAGGCUGUUGAGAAAGUCGUGCAUCACGAAGUUGUUGCGGUUGACGGGGAGGGCAAAGCCAGUGGAGAUGGAGGAGAGGUCAGGAAGGAGGUGGUUUGA